AAGAAAAAGAAAAACAAGAGGAAAAUACAAAGAAGAAAAUGUUCCACGCCGUCGCAGGAAGUGUCGCUCCUCCUCCCCCUUCUUCUUCGUCGGCGUCGACUGCGUUCGGCUUCCGGCGAUUCCAGCCCGCCAGGAUGCGGCGAACGGCACGCUUCUCCUCCUCCUACGGGCGCCGCCCGGAAGCCCCCGGUUCCUCAGGGCACGAACCAGGUGAAGCAGCUCCAGGUGGACCUUCUCUGCCCGCGGUUCGCGUUUUCACGAGGAGGAAGAAGAAGAAGCGGUCGAUGGAGGCGGUACCGGUCGAGCAAAAGCAGCCUAAAGUCGAACCUCUUCUUAGUCGGAAGCAGCCAAGUGAAUUACCUGACAUCGAAGAAUUUGCAUACAAGAAUCCUAAUGGAUCUGCCUUAUCAGGACAUUCAAAACUAAACUCAGAUGUCAUUGUGCCGUUGAAUGGAGUCGUUUCCCAAGUGAAGCCCAGAGGUGCACUACCUCCAAACUGGGAAAAAGUUCUUGAAGGAAUUCGCAUGAUGAGAUCCUCUGAAGAUGCUCCAGUGGACAGCAUGGGAUGUGAGAAAGCUGGAAGUUCUCUUCCUCCUAAGGAAAGGAGGUUCGCUGUCUUGGUUUCAUCACUCCUGUCAAGCCAAACAAAGGAUCAUGUUACACAUGGUGCUGUACAGCGACUCCUUCAGAAUGACAUGCUUACAGCUGAUGCCAUUGACAAAGCUGAUGAGGAAUCUAUUAGGAGCUUAAUCUAUCCCGUUGGGUUCUACACGAAGAAGGCUAGUAAUUUGAAAAAAAUAGCCACAAUCUGUCUUGCUAAGUAUGCUGGAGACAUUCCAAGCUCACUGGAGGAGCUGCUACAGCUUCCAGGAAUAGGCCCUAAAAUGGCUCACCUGGUUAUGAACAUUGGGUGGAACAAUGUCCAUGGUAUAUGUGUAGAUACUCACGUGCACCGCAUAUGCAAUCGGCUUGGUUGGGUUUCCAGACCAGGCAGAAAGCAGACAUCAACUCCUGAAGAAACUAGAGAGGCAUUGCAGCUAUGGCUGCCAAAGGAAGAAUGGGUCCCUAUUAACCCUCUUUUGGUGGGAUUUGGACAGACAAUAUGCACUCCACUUAGGCCUCGAUGCGAUAAGUGUGGUGUAAAUGAACUUUGCCCAUCUGCUUUUAAGGAGACAAUGCUUAAGAAAAAGUCUUGAGCAUGCAGUUUUGACCUAUUUUUGUAAUCCUGCGAGGAUUGAUUGGUCAAAUGAUGGUCAUUGCCGUGGCAUUAUCGCUCUGAUUCUGAAAGAUCUGAAGACUGGUCAAGUUCUAUAGGUUCCUCCAUCUUAAUUCCAUUUUUUUUGUUGUGCAUGAGAGGCUGUUUGUGCAUCAUUGAAAGGUCAUCUGCCUCUGAUUCGGGGAACCUGAACAAUGGAUAUUCCGGUUUUGUAUAUUCUUGUAGAUGUUCCUUCUCUGGGUUUAUUAAAUCUUGUACGACUGAGUUUUCUUCUUGUUAUGGGUAUUUAUACAUGUCAUUGAGAUUGACUAUA